AUGGCUGGGAGAAAUUGGACAACAGUGAGCGAGUUUGUCCUCCUUAGCUUCUCUGCCCUGCAACCCCAGCUUCAAGUGUUGCUUUUCCUACUGUUUCUGACCAUUGAACUUAUUACCCUGAUGGGCAAUGCCCUUAUUAUAUUGGUCACUACAGCUGACUCUGGCUUGCACAGUCCAAUGUACUUCUUCCUCAGGAACCUGUCUCUCUUAGAGAUUGGCUUCAACUUGGUCAUUGUUCCCAAAAUGCUAACAACUCUGAUUGUUCAUGACAUGAGCAUCUCUUUCCUGAAUUGUGCUGUUCAGAUGUAUUUCUUCUUCUUUUUGGGGGCUUCAGAAUGCUUUCUGCUGGCAGCCAUGGCCUAUGACCGCUAUGUGGCCAUCUGUGACCCACUGCGCUACCCAGUCAUCAUGAGCCCCAAGGCUUGUGUGCGGCUGGCUGCUGCCUCCUGGUUAUCGGGACUUCCCGUGGCCACAGUACAGACCACGUGGCUCUUCAGUUUCCCAUUCUGUGGCUCUAACCAAGUAAACCACUUUUUCUGUGAUAGCCCCCCUGUGCUGAAAUUGGUCUGCGCAGACACAGCACUCUUCGAGAUCUAUGCCAUCGUAGGAACUAUUCUGGUUGUCAUGGCCCCCUGCUUAUUGAUCUUGGGCUCUUAUGUUUGUAUCGGUUCUACCAUCAUCAAGAUGCCUUCAGCUGAAGGAAAACGUAAGGCCUUUUCCACCUGCUCUUCCCACCUCCUUGUUGUCUCCCUUUUCUAUGGAUCUGCUAGCCUUACCUAUUUCCGACCUAAGUCCAAUAACUCCCCUGAGAGUAAGAAGAUGCUGUCCCUAUCCUACACGGUGGUCACCCCGAUGUUGAACCCUAUCAUCUAUAGCCUAAGGAAUAAGGAGGUGAAGACCACACUUUAUCACAUUCUCCACAGAAGUCUAGGAUCCCAUAAACAUUGA